CCUUCUCUUUGGUCCUUUUUUCCUUUCAUCAUCCAUUCUUAUACUAAUAGAGUGUUCCAAAACAACAACAACUACAAAAGACACUAAUAUGGAUGCUUUCUCUUCCUCUUUCCUAUCUCGACUAUCCCAAAAUCCCAAACUUUCAACUUCUCUAAUCACUUCUUCAUCAACAAACAUUGCUUUAUUACACGUUUCAGCUGUUAGAAUUGAAGAUAGGCCUCAAACUACAAUCAAUGCCAAUCCCACCACCACCACCACCACAGCACCACCAUCAUCUAAGCCCCUUAGAAAAGAAAUCCCAACAAAAUAUACGCCUGCAAAAUCCACACCACCAAAAACGCAAUCACCACAACGGCAAAAGCCUUCAAGAAAGCUAGUAGAACCAUCAUUGCCCACUGUCUUCUUUAAUGCAGUUGAUGACUUCAUAAACACUUUUAUUGAUCCUCCAACUCGCCGUUCUGUUGAUCCCAAAUAUUUCCUGUCGAACAACUUUGCACCGGUUGAUGAACUCCCUCCGACCGAAUGUGAGGUGGUUGAAGGCUCCCUUCCACCGUGCCUCGACGGUGCCUACUUCCGCAACGGCCCAAACCCUCAAUUCCUCCCGCGCGGGCCAUACCACUUGUUCGACGGCGAUGGAAUGAUACACUCCAUCAAAAUCUCCCAAGGAAGAGCCACACUCUGUAGCCGGUACGUGAAAACUUACAAGUACAUGAUCGAGCGGGACUUGGGCUCUACUGUGAUGCCCAACGUGUUCUCCGGCUUCAACGGCCUAACACCCUCUGCUGCCAGGGUUGCCCUGGCUGCUGCCCGAAUUUUAACCGGCCAAUUCAACCUAGCCAAGGGCUUCGGCCUGGCCAACACUAGCUUGGCUCUGUUCGGUGGGAAACUGUUCGCUUUAGGCGAAUCAGACCUUCCUUAUACAGUAAAAUUAACACAAAAUGGAGAUUUGCUAACCAUAGGCCGUCAUGACUUUGAUGGUAAGCUUAUUGUGAGCAUGACUGCACACCCCAAAAUCGACCCUGAAACAGGUGAAGCAUUCGCAUUCAGGUACGGGCCAAUGCCUCCAUUUCUAAACUUCUUCAGAAUCAAACCUGAUGGUACGAAAGAACCCGACAUCCCGAUUUUCUCCAUGACGCGUCCUUCAUUUCUUCAUGAUUUUGCUAUCACCAAGAAAUACGCCAUCUUUCCUGACAUACAAAUUGGUAUGAACCCUCUUUUUAUGAUUGCUGGAGGAUCUCCAGUGGGUUCAGAUCCUGGAAAAGUACCACGACUCGGGGUUAUUCCGAGGUAUGCUAUGGAUGAGGCUGAGAUGAAGUGGUUUGAUGUCCCAGGACUCAAUUUUAUUCAUGCAAUCAAUGCUUGGGAUGAAGACGAUGGAGAUAGUAUUGUUGUUGUGGCACCUAAUAUUUUGUCUGUCGAGCAUACCUUGGAGCGGAUGGAUUUGAUUCAUGCAUCCGUGGAGAAAAUCAAGAUUGAUCUUAAGACAGGAAUGGUAUGGAGGCAUCCAAUUUCAACCAGGAAUUUGGAUUUUGCAGUCAUAAAUCCGGCUUAUGUUGGCAAGAAGAACAAGUAUGUGUAUGCAGCAGUUGGAGACCCUAUGCCAAAGGUAUCAGGAUUGGUGAAGCUAGACGUAUCAGUGUCCGAAGACGACCGCCGCGACUGCAUCGUUGCUAGCCGGCUGUAUGGACCAGGGUGCUUAGGAGGCGAACCAUUUUUCGUUGCAAAAGAGCCUAACAACCCCAAUACAGAUGAAGAUGAUGGUUAUGUGGUGUCCUAUGUCCAUGAUGAAAACACAGGAGAGUCCAGAUUCUUGGUUAUGGAUGCCAAAUCACCUAAUCUUGAAAUUGUGGCUGCUGUCAAGUUGCCGCAAAGGGUGCCUUAUGGCUUUCAUGGCCUCUUUGUCAGUGAAAAUGACCUCAACAAGUUAUGACUCUUGUGAUUCUAUAGAUGAAGAAUAAAAACAAACCCUAGAGAAGGACUAUGGGACAAUAUUGAUUGAGGGACCUAGCUUUCAUCAUCAAUUGAUUGAACUUAUUUUGUACAGAACUUGGAUUAUCAUUGCCAAAGAAGAUGUAACAGUAGCUAUAGUAAGUAUACACCAGGUACUAGUAACUAAACCAGGUAUGUCAAUUAUACAUUGUUUCAUGGUUGUGAAUUAAUUUAAAGGGAUAUACACUUCAGUUUGGGAUUAUCUUA